AUGAAUCCAACAUCAAAAGUUCAAUAUACAUUACCAAUAUCUUGGAAAUGUGCUAUAUUUCUAUGGUUUAACGGAACAUAUGCAAGAGUAUACGAUGGUAAUGAAACUCAUGGUUCUCGCUAUGGAGAAUAUUUUCAAGGACUUCGUCCAGAAGUUGUAGAUGUGACUCCAGAAGCUUAUAAAAAUAUAAUAGAAAAUCCUGUCGCCAUUAUCAUUAUUAUAUUAGAAUUGAUAAAAGUUAAAGGCCUAAAAGGUGUUGAUUCUUGCCUCGCAGUAUUUCACGCGGGUAAUGAUAAAUAUGUUGUCGCUCAAACUAAUCCGCUUGUUAAGAAUAUUUGUGAUUUUAUAAAAGAUGAAUCUCCUGGAGAUUGCUGUUUGAAGUUACCCAUGAACUUGUCAAAGUUUCUGAUGGGCACUUCAAGUGACAUAAGUGACAUCGAGUUCUGGGCACCCUUUCUAUACAAGAACAAAGCAACGUCUCCCUUGAAAUCUCUUCCAAACCUUACUCCUGAAUUUCUUGACAAUCUUAAAAAGAAACCUUUUAGUCUUUCAACGUUUCACAAUCUUCUUUUAAGUUUGUAUAAACGUCAAUGCCGUGAAGAUCAAAAUGAGAUUUCUGAAAUGAUACCUACUAUCAAAUAUCCACAAAAAGAGCGAGGAAUCGUUCAAAAACCUUAUGGCAUCGCACGUAUCGAAAUUAUUUGCGCCAAAAAUCUUAAGCAUGUCGAUACGUGGUUGGGUGGUGGUGCCUCCGAUCCGUAUGUUAGAAUAUCUAACGUUGCCACAAGUUGGGUGUACGGUGAUUCACGUGUUAUCUACAACAACUACAAUCCUGUUUGGGAACAAGUGUUUUAUAUUCCAGUCUAUGAUGUUUAUGAAAAAUUGAAUUUACAAGUUUUCGACUAUAAUGCUUUCUUUGAAGAUACACUUUUGGGAUUUUAUAUUUUUGAUCUCAAGUCCAUAAUUAAAAAGCGUCCUAAUGGUUCUUUCAAAGGAAAGCAAUUAAAAGUUGAUGCUAAUCUUACUUAUAAAGGGGCUAGCAGAGGCCAAUUAUCAUUUGUUGCUAACUUUUUUUCGCCUAACGAACCGGAGUUGGGUUUAGAAGUUAUUAGUCCAACUACUAUUUCGGUUCGACAUUUAUAUCUCCUAAUAACUUAUCAAAGUCAAUAUGGAUGCUUUGAACUUACUGGCUCAUUAGCAAGAUUAUUCAACUACUCUUCUAAGGAAGAAUUUAUUAAAGCCUUUUCUGAUUAUGUACAAAAAGACGAAGAGGUUCAUAGUUUGGAUCACAAAGUUUGGGCUACUGUGCUUGUCACAUCCUUUCUCAAUGUAUUAAUGUGGGAGCAACGUCGUGAGUGGAUGAAUAUUUACAACGGGGCUGAAAGCUGGUUGAGCGAACAUGUCACCGAUGUCGAAGUCGAAGAACGUCUUUAUAAUCAUUCGAACAAAUUCGUCAUUCAACGCUUUAAAGUUACUCAAUGGGUAGAUGAGAAUCAACAAAGAAGUGUGGGAGUUUUCGUUAUAUCUAAGAAAUUAAUAAUUACUCGACGGCAUGUUGAUAUCCGUAUUGUUCAUCGAUUUAUCACUUAUCAGAAUGGAGUUGGUUGUUUCAAACUUACUACUCAAUUGGCUGAAGCUUUGGGCUUCAACUCGGUUGAAGAGGCCAAAAAACAUUUUGAACCUUAUUUUGCUUCCUACUCACCAAGAACUGCACAAUUUGAUAUCAACGUUUGGAGUACUGCUAUUUUAAUUUGGUUUAUUCGAUAUGUAUUAGUUGAUUUUAGAAAUGAAUGGGCAGACGUAUACCAAAAAGCGUAUAAUUGGCUUUGUCAACAAGUCAGAGAUGAUAAAAUACGAGAUGAACUUCUCGAAGUUGCUAGAAACUUUGUUGUUAAUAGAUUCGAAGUCGAAAAUGAUGUUAUUGAGGAAGACAUGUCUUUCAAGGAUUCCAUUGAAGCUAAGGAAAUUUUUCAUAAUCGAGAAGUUGAUAAUAGCUUUAUCACAGCUGUCAAUACCAAUGAUGUGGCAAUUAAAGGAAAAGACGAAAAGAAGAGACAAAUGACAGCAGACCAAAAUCGCAAACCAAUCUCUUUAUCUGACACUAAAGUUAGUCGAAGUACUACUACGGACACAGUUGUUAAAAAAUUCAUUACUUAUCGUACAAAGAAUGGUGGCUUUAAAAUCACCGAUGAGCUUGCUCAACACCUUGGAUUUCUUAAUAAAGAAUCCUUUGAAAUAGCAUUACGUUGUCAUUUUGUUUCUGAAAACUUUGCGAAACUUUCUAGUGAAAUUUUGGUCACUGCUGUAGCGAUAUGGUAUUUCCGCUUGUUGGGUGUAGAUUAUCGUCAACAUUGGUCCACUGAGUGCGAUUCAUUACAUAAAUGGUUAAGUUUACAAAUUAAAAAUCCUCAAAUCGAACGUGAACUUUUGGGAUCUGCCAAAGAAUUGGUGAUCACAAGGUAUAAUAUCGAUAAUGAGGUUAUCGAACUCGAUGCUCCAUACCAAGAUCAUUUGAACCGUGAAACAGAUAAAUGUGUAAUCAAUGAAGCGAUAAAAAAUGUGACUGAAAAAGAUGAUGAACCAAUACUAAUCGACAGGCAUUAUAAGACGACUCAAAGUCUUAUUCUCGAUAAACAUAUCGAAGACAUCAUUUCGUUUGAUAAAGAACCGGAUCAAACGGAAAAGGAGGCCGCAUUUGUCAUUGCUAAGGGACGUGUUACUCCUGAGGUCUGCAAUGCUAUUAUUUCUACAGCAUAUGAUGACGGUCAUAUUGAAUUAAACGAAACAAUAUGCAAAGAACUCGAUCUCCCAAUGGAGGAAAUUAUUAAUACGGUUCAGAAGAACAUUACCAAUAACAAACUUAAAUCACCCGAGUCACCAUCAUUAUUUUCAACUGCUAUUAAUCUUUCUUAUCUUAAAAAUGUCGCAUAUAAAUUUGUAGAUCAAUGGAAAGAUAAAUACGAUAAAGCCUGUGAGUAUCUUUCGAAGCAAAUAAGAGAUGAUGAUGCUGAAAAAGAACUUUUGAAGUUCACAGAUAAUUAUGUGAUUGACAAUUGCGCAAAAAAAACAAUUAAGGACGAAAAGAGGUCUGCUAUCGUAUAUUUUCAAAUAUCAACAACCCCUGAUAAAUAUGAAGCUGCCGUGCCUAAACAAAAAGAUGAUGGAUCCUUUGAAUUGAAUGGGACGAUUUGUAAAGAAUUAGAAGUUCCUAUAGAAGACAUUAUAACUACAGUCAAAUCAAGUGCACCUGACAAAAGACUACAAUCUCCUGAGUCGGAUCCAUGGUGGAAGACAGCGCUUACUAUUAGUUACCUUCAAGUAGCCGCACCUCAUUAUAAAAAUCAAUGGGAAGACAAAUUUAAAAAAGCCAGUGAUUAUCUAUCUAAACAAAUUGGCGAUGCGGGUAUUAAAAAAGAAUUAUUAAAGUGCACUAAUAAAUUUGUAGUCGAUCGAGCACACGAUAAAGCUAUUAGAUAUAACAUUCAAGAAAAUAUUCAUGUUACUAAACUUGAUUUUACUGAAGACACUGUUCGAGAAGUUCAUGAUGGUUUACGUUCCGCCGUUGAUGACGACACUGCUCAUAUAAUUUUCGAUGCUCAGCAUAAAGACGGAUCCUUUACUCUAAGUCCUUUUAUAACUGACCAUCUCGACAUAGAACCAGUUGACACUGUUAAAUCCCUUAAGCAAUUAGUUGGUAGUCCUCGACUAAGAGGGUGUGAUGAUUUUGUUUGGAACACGGCUUUUACAGUAUAUUAUAUUAAAACCAUAUUAACAAAUCAUGAAAAUGAAUGGCGCGAUGCCUAUGAUCGUGCUAGUAAAUGGUUGUUUAGACAGAUAAAUGACACGAAAUUGGUGACAGAAUUAUUUUCUGCAUGUAGACAAUACUUAAUUCAUCGAGGUUGCUGUCUCCUUUAUUCAACUAAAGAUACAAAAUGCUUUAGGGUUUUAAAACUUAAUAUCGACGAAGAAACAUGCAAAUCAGUUUUUGAUUACUUACGCUCUAAGAACACUGCUGAUAUUGUCCGUUCAUUUUGUUCUGCGCAACAAAGUAAUGGCUCAUUUUCUCCACAAACUUUAACCACGUUACAUCCAUUAAUCCCUUCGCCGACAGAUGCUGUUGAAUCUCUUAAACCUUUUGUCGGUAGCCCAAAACUUAGAACUUGUGCUGAUUCAAUUUGGCAUACAGCAUUUACAAUUUACUACUUUAAAAAUAUUUUGGUGGACCAUGAGAAAGAAUGGCGUCAUGUCUGUGACCUCGCCAGCAGCUGGAUAACUGAGCAGAUUGAGGAUACUGAAAUAGAAGAUGAAUUAUACUCAGCUUGUAAACAAUAUUUGAUUCAACAAGGUAUUGAAUUCUUUAACAAUGAAUGUGGAAUUGCAGAAGAGUCCCAAGAAGAGGUAGAGGUUAUUGAACUUCAAGUUAGCGAAGAAACACGUAAAGCCGUUCAUAAAAGUCUCCGUGAUGAUGUCACAAAGGAAGUCGCUCGCACACUUUGUAACUCUCAAAAAAAAGACGGCUCAUUUACCCUACAUAAAUUGAUUUCUGACCAUCUUAAAAUCGAAUCAAUUGACAUCGCUGUUGAAUCUCUCAAGCGUUAUGUAGGAAGCUUGUUCUUAAGAAGAUGUGAUUCUUCAAUAUGGUGUACAGCUCUUACAGCCACGUAUUUAAGAACAGUGUUGCCUAACUAUGAGCAAGAGUGGCGACCUGUCUGUGAACGUGCAGCAACGUGGAUUAGUCAACGAUGUAGAAAACCUGAAGAGGAAAAAGAAUUGUACUCUGCAUGUGAUCAAUUCUUAAUUAAACAAGGGGCUGAAGUCCUUAGUGAAAAACAUCGACAAUCAAGCCUUUCUACAAAAUGA